UUGAUGAUUGUCACAAUAAUCUAUUCAGUUUUAAUUAUGUCACUUCAAAUACAAUUGGUAAAAUGCAUGCUAUGUGUUAUUCUAUACAUUGCAGUUUGCUUUUUUUUAUUAAAAAUAAAACAGGGUACUUACUUAACACAAUAUCCAGUUUCGUUGUUUUUAGUAAAGUAUAAUCAAACAAAGCAAGAAUGUUCUGUAGUUUCUCAAUCAGUUAAUAAAAUAAAAAAUCUCAAUCAGGUAAUAAAACCAAUCAAUUUAGAAAUAGAACUUUUAGAACAUGAUGAAAUGGAAGGAGAAUUAAUAAAUUUACAGGAAUGUGCAAUUAUUCUGCAACAAAUUUCGAAUGUAUGUAUGAAAUAUAAUUUAAAAACUCCUUUAAUAAAAAGGCAUUUUUUAUAUAAUGCUGAACAUAAAUCAAUGUACUGUUGGAUUCGCAAAGUAGCUUCAACAAGUUUUACAAAAUUAUUUGCAGAUAUGAAAAAUCGUCCACCCACGCGAAGCUAUUAUAAAGAUGUAGACAUUUUAUCACCACGAACAUUAAAGGAAUUGCAACUUUUAUCAAAUGAUACAAAAAUAUUUAAACUUCUUGUCGUACGAGAUCCUUUUCAAAGGCUUGUGUCAUCAUAUAGAGAUCGAAUAGAAGAUAAUUCAAAACAUACUGCACAAGCUUGGAUUUAUACAGAAAAGAUAUUCCGUUUUACAAGACCCCAAUUGUUUCAUUCGAAUACAACAACUGGUAAUUUUCAAGAAAAAGUAUUUACAUCUGAUAAAAGGUUAAAGAUAGUACCAACUUUUAGAGAAUUUUUGGAGUGGCUUUUACAAACCUCUGAAAAAGAUGACGUUCAUUGGACUCAAUACUAUUCACACUGUGCUGUAUGCGACGUACGAUAUAAUUAUGUCCUAAAGUUAGAUGAUUAUACAUAUGGACAAAUUAAUUAUGUGUUCUCUAAAUUUGGUCUGGAUAAAAAUAAGGCAUAUUUUCCUAUGUUGGGGGAAACGCAGGGAGGACACACAAACUUUGACAUUACAUGCAAAUAUUUCGCAAAUUUGACACAAGAUAUAGUUUUAAAAUUGUACGAAAAAUAUAAAAUUGAUUUUGAAAUGUACAAUUAUAAUAUUAAUCGGUAUAUAAAUUGUGCAAAGAAAAGAUUCGUUGAAAAAAAACCAUAAUUUAAUAGAAAAAUAUAAUAUUUUGUAGUAAGAAAAUGUAUUUAUUUUUUGUUUGUAUAAAAAUGCAUUCCAUAACUAUAAUCCAUGAAAUUAGAUACUACAAACAUAGCACUAUGUAUUUUUAUAAAUAU